GCGUUGUGAUUCAUUUGCACACUUCAUCAUCAUCUUCUUCUUCUUCUUCCUCUCCCAAAUUCCAUGGAAUUGCUCUACUUCUUCACCUAUGAGAGUAAUAUAUUCUACUCAUAUACUCAAAAUACUAACCAAACCUCAUGGUUCAACACCACCUUUUCUUAAUCAUCCUUCUUCAUCAUCAUCUUCGUCUACUCUUUCAUUUUUCCCUAAGAUUCGUCGGAGCGAUACCAAAUGGAGGAAGAACGGCGAGUUCUGUUCGGAAAGUACGAGAUGGGACGGUUAUUAGGCAAAGGAACAUUCGCGAAAGUCUAUUACGGCAAAGAGAUCAUCGGCGGCGAGUGCGUCGCCAUCAAAGUCAUCAACAAGGAUCAAGUAAUGAAGAGACCUGGAAUGAUGGAACAAAUCAAACGCGAGAUUUCAAUCAUGAAACUCGUUCGUCACCCCAACAUCGUUGAGUUAAAAGAAGUCAUGGCUACGAAGACGAAGAUCUUCUUCGUCAUGGAGUUUGUUAAAGGCGGCGAGCUUUUCUGCAAAAUCUCUAAAGGUAAGCUACACGAAGACGCUGCUCGUAGAUAUUUCCAGCAAUUAAUCUCAGCCGUUGAUUAUUGCCAUAGCAGAGGCGUUUCUCAUCGCGAUCUGAAACCUGAGAAUCUUCUUUUAGAUGAGAAUGGAGAUUUGAAAAUCUCCGAUUUCGGAUUAUCUGCGUUACCGGAACAGAUUCUUCAAGAUGGAUUGCUUCAUACGCAGUGUGGAACUCCGGCUUACGUUGCGCCGGAGGUUUUACGGAAGAAAGGAUACGACGGCGCGAAGGCGGAUAUCUGGUCAUGCGGCGUCGUUUUGUAUGUGCUUCUCGCCGGAUGUUUGCCGUUUCAAGAUGAGAAUCUGAUGAAUAUGUAUCGGAAGAUUUUCAGAGCGGAUUUUGAAUUUCCGCCGUGGUUUUCGCCGGAAUCGAGGAGAUUGAUUUUGAAACUCCUCGUUGUAGAUCCAGAUCGACGGAUCUCGAUUCCGGCGAUUAUGAGAACGACUUGGCUUCGGAAAAACUUCACUCCGCCGUUAGCUUUUAAAAUCGACGAACCGAUUUGUUCUCAGAGCAACAACAACAACGAAGAAGAAGGAGACGGAGAUUGGGAAAAUCAAACAGAGCCGAUUUCGCCGAAAUUUUUCAACGCUUUCGAAUUCAUCUCCUCGAUGUCUUCCGGAUUCGAUCUCUCGAGCUUAUUCGAGAGUAAGAGGAAAGUGCAAUCGGUGUUCACGUCAAGGUCGUCGGCGACGGAGGUGAUGGAGAAGAUAGAAACGGUUACAAAGGAGAUGAACAUGAAAGUGAAGAGAACGAAGGAUUUUAAAGUGAAGAUGGAAGGGAAAACGGAAGGGAGAAAAGGACGGCUGUCGAUGACGGCGGAAGUGUUUGAAGUAGCGCCGGAAAUCUCGGUGGUGGAGUUUUGCAAAUCGGCGGGAGAUACUUUGGAGUACGAUCGGUUAUACGAAGAAGAAGUACGGCCGGCGUUAAACGACAUCGUUUGGUCAUGGCACGGUGAUAAUAACAACUAGGCCUGGGCAUUCGGAUUUUGGAUCGGA